UACUCUAUAUCGAUCUAUUGAUUUGUUUACAAACAUUUAAGGAUGUCGUGUGCAUAUUAAAAUGAUAGUAUCGAAAUAUUUCUUUAAAAAAACAACAGAAAGAAAAUAUUCAAUAUGAAAAUUCAACUGGAACCAAAUUCAGUUAUUCAUAUGUCCGGCAGUUAUAAAGAAGACUGUGAUGGCAUCAUUACCAUUACCAAUGACGAAGAUUAUGAUGUGAAAUAUAAAGUGAGAACAACUCUGCCACAUGGUGUUACUGUUAGGCCAAUUUCUGAAGUUUUAUCUGGAAAGAGUUCAAGGAUGAUCGAUAUUCAUUACCAAGGACAGAGAACUGAUCAACACUUAAAGUUUAUGGUCCUUCUACUUUCACUUGAAGACAAACAGGACAACGAUAACGUGUUUGUAGAAUUUAAGUCGCAGGUAGAUCAAAGAGUACUUAAAGCAGCUUUUAUGACAAAACACAAUAUGGAUGACGAGUUCCUUUCACCUAUGGCUCGUAACCACCAAUUAUCAGAUGAAGACGAUAAAGACGAUUUUGCUUGCAAUAUUAGAAAGAAAGUCCCUUGGCUAAAGAAAAAGUAAACGAAACAUGUACGACCAAUGAUGAGAUUAUAGGUUUUAUACAUCCCCUGACUAGUACAUAAAAUUGUCAAGGAUGUAAAACUUUGUGACAAUAAAUUAAUGAGUAGUGCAAUUUCUAUAUAACUAAACUAUGGCGAUAAAAUAUAAACAUUUCAACAAUUCA